UGUCAAACAAAACAAAAUGUAGAUUUAGUUAAAAUCACAAAAAAAAAAUGUAAAAAUAUAAAAAAGUAUUAUUCAUAACCACAAUGGCUUGCGAGGUGUGCCAGCACUGCCAGGAAGCCGUGUCUCGUGAGGAGGGCUACGCUAUUCGAGAAGGCUUUAGUUACCACAAUAAAUGCCACAAAUGCUAUGUAUGCAGCGAAACAAAUCUACAAAAUGCGGAGGUGUUCAAAGGUGUGAUAUUUUGCUCAAACUGCUCGAAGCGGAUCUUCCGAGGCUGUUCCAUGGUGCGGCGAAUGAAGAGCGGGAAUCGAGCCAAAUCUAAAACGAGAAACAAACGGCGAGAGAAGGAUAUAAAUGUAGCUCAAAGAAAUACUCGCCCCAUUAAGGCAGUCCUAGAACUGGCCAGAUUAACAGCUUCGACCGACACGGACAGCAAAAGUAAUUUACAACAAGAGACAGACAAAGAACCUUGGAUAUUAAGCAAUACACCAGCAAUGACCACAGAAUUCGCGCUUCAAGUUGACAAGCAAAUACAUGAUCAUAAUUGGACAAAUUGCAAAACACACAGCACCGAAAUGGGUUUGACAACAGACGUGACACAAGAAUUAUUAAGGCAAAUGAAAUGUCCCGUCAUCGAAGACUGUAAAAACAUUAUGAAUCUUUCUUCACUUAAAGCGCAAGAAAAAGCAGAGAAACAUAGCAAAAAAGAUUGCAGCGACUUAAGAAUCGCAGAACUGGGAGCGUCAACAGAAAUUGCUCAUAUGGCAUUGAGAAAGAAGUCUGAAGUACCAAUCCUUAUAAAAUCCGAACUACCAUUGAAAUGCACGAAAUCUUUAAAUAUGUCAACGUUAAACCAAGAAUCAGAUAUUUCCGAUGAUGUCACUACCGACUGCAUGGUGUCUACAUAUCGAUUACAGAAAUCUGCUAACUUGAAUUGUCUAGACAGACGCAUCCGGAGUAUAUUAAAAAUGCCAUACAAGUGCUUUAAGAGAAAUAUAUUGAAUCGUAGCUCUUUGAUUACUGUCCUAAUGAGUAAUGAAGGCGAGAAACAAGUUCUAGUGAACCGCCUCAAAACGUUAUUUCAUGAAGAGGUUACGGAACAUCAACGUCGUGGCCUAAGAAGAUUAUACUCUGCAGUAAAUAGACGGAAAACACCAUAUAAAUUGGGAUGGUUAGAUUUAAUGGCAAAAGUCUCAGUUACGGGAUUAAGCCACAAUCGAAAACCUAAAAGGUGUCAACAUUUCAAAACAUCUCAUAGCUACCGUUGCAUGAGAUCCCAAGUGAUGCGGCUCGCUGGACCCACAGAAAGCGAAUUAGCGGGGUUCCGAAUGAAAAUAAAAAAGAUACUGAUUCCGGUUUCUUUCAAGAAUAUUCUCGUAAGCAAUAAAAAAAUUGCAAUCACAAUGUCUCAAGCUUGUGGUAGUGAACUACAUUAAUAAAGUACA